AUGGAGUUGGUGGAUGUGGAGGAGUUUGACCUUCUGCGGUACCUGCACCUUUCCUCCCUCAAGGACGAAAAUCAGUUGACAGAAGAGGAGAGGCAGUCGUUGGAAAAGCAGCGACACCGGGUGUUAGAUGAGGCUCAGUAUGUCGGUCAUCUUGCUCAAGAGAAAAAAAACCGCAUGCGUGAGCAAUUUUUGCUUCGUGGUCGGGCACCCAAACCGAGAUCCUACGUGCGUGACGCUGCCGACAAAUACGGACUCUUCUGGUUUGGGCGGGGGAAGUAUGAGGGUGACUCGGAUGGCGAGGAAAAGGACGUGGAUGGAAAUGCGGCCACUUGCUGUUCGCAGCAGAAAAAAAGGCAGGAAGAGAAACUGGACCAUGACGACUCUGAAUCAGAGGAUAUUUCUGACGAAGAGCGAUUUAAGGUGUGGCGGCCGGUUGUGGGUCCCCCAUUACGUAGAGAUAAGGCCGGAAGUAUGCCGCCUGUUCCACCCAGCAGCCGUCGAGAGGUUCUACACAAAGCCCCAGUGUCGAAUCCCAAGCCUGUGCCCGCUGUAGAAACGAGAAGGUAUGUUUUAACACCGCCAUGGGCGGAACAUUAUAAUGUGAACAGCGAUGUUUCUAAAGGGGGGCGUGCAAAUCAAGUGAAACGGCAACAUGAACUUUAUAAGCAUGGCGUGCUUCCCCGUGGUGUGGACGGCAUCGAUGAAGCUCUUCGUCACGCACGCAAUGCCCAAGAUCUGCUUGUUGAACGGCAGAAAUUGCGGAUCCGAAAGGCUCAACAGCAGAAUCAACGCGAGUUGAAGAGGGCGCUAGAAGAGCAAAUAAUGGAGAAGAAGAGGCUUCAGUUGUCGCGGCGCGAGGAGGAGGUUGUUCAAAUUUACGGCCCCGAGAUGCGUCACAUUCUUGACGGCGUUUUUGGCCGUAAUCCGAGUAUCCAGCAGCAGCUUCAUGUUGUAGAGAACGUGGAUGAUGGGGAUAAUGAUAAUGAUUUGUUUUUGAAAUUACUUCAAACGGAAUUACCGCAACAGCCUUUUAGAGAUAGAUCUUCUACGGGGGAGUCGCGUGCACGGGAGUCGCGUUUUGCUUUGCUGACCGCAUGUGAAGAUCAGAAGCGACGCCUAAGCACUACUGCAAGAGGAACGCCAACGGAAAAUAAAUUGGCAGAAGACACCGCGACACCCCUAACGCCACCCCUCACCGUGAACUUCAGUCGCUUCAAUCAGCAAUCGUCAGGCAAAAUUAUCGAUAAUGAACUGCAGCAUCGCGAAUCAAACCGCCAUCACCACCACUUUAGUUACUUAUCCGACAAACAGGGGGACAUGAAUAUGGCAGGGCUUGUGAACAGCACAUCAAGUUCUUAUUGA